UACUAUUGCUCUGUUUGACUGCUACCUCCACCAAUGAGGGAGCCUCCUACUUCCCCUUCCCUCCCCUCCCCUCCCUAAAGGGAAGGAAAUAAUUCGGUUACAAAAAUCCCAAGGAUGGAGGAAUUUAGGAACCUUUUUAAGACCAUCUUACUGUGAAAGCUGCUGUCGCAAAGCAAUAAACAUUUAAUAAGGAGAGAAUGGAUGGAGAAGAGAAAACAUACGGUGGGUGUGAGGGCCCUGAUGCUAUGUAUGUGAAGUUGAUAUCCUCUGAUGGUCAUGAGUUUAUUGUAAAAAGAGAGCAUGCGUUAACAUCAGGAACAAUAAAAGCUAUGUUGAGUGGUCCAGGUCAGUUUGCUGAAAAUGAAACAAAUGAGGUGAAUUUUAGAGAGAUUCCAUCCCAUGUUCUAUCCAAAGUAUGCAUGUAUUUCACCUACAAGGUUCGCUACACUAACAGCUCCACGGAGAUUCCUGAAUUCCCAAUUGCACCUGAAAUUGCACUGGAACUGCUGAUGGCUGCAAACUUCUUAGAUUGUUAAAUAAAAUAAAUUAUAAUAAAAAUGUAAAACUUUUUUCAGUAUUUAAUACCUGUAGUUCAGUUAGUAACUUUUUUCAUAUAGCAUGCUGCGUGUGUGCGGUUGAGAACUGUAAAGUUCACUGCAGAGGCAAUUAUCUUCAGAUUUGUUGCAUAGCAAUCAUUCAAGUUUAUAUUUGUUUUGCUGCUUACACAAAUAAGGCCCUUUUCCCAAACAGACAAAUAAAUAAAUAUGCCAAUUAGUAGAUGGCUAUGCCUUAUCCUUUAGGCGUGGCAGAACUUUCUUUUAAUGCAAUGAUCAUUUAAAAUACUGGAGUUUAAGCCAAUGCUACUUAAAAGCUAAUAUUAGCUAAAUGUGUAGGUGUUUAGCAUUUCUAACUUUCUCUUAUUGUUGCAAUUUCUAAACCUCUGAACUUUAUCACCUUACAGGGUAAUUGUCCCUUUAGCAUAGUUAUAACUUCAGUUAUAUCAGUACUUGCAUUAUAAAUCCCCUUUUUCAAGGAUUUGUAAACUGGCAUAAACAUUCACGUUGGACUGAAAACAGUAUCUAGGAUAAUUUUUAUGGUUGUUUUUUUUAAUUAAAAUUUAGCUAUGUUUUUAGAAAUGGACAAGUGUACCUGAUUUAUUUUUCAGUCAUAACUUAACUCACCCCUUUGAACAAUUUAAAAUGUUCAGGUCACUUGUCUAAUAAAAAUGCAGCUCUUCUGAUAGUGGAAUUAGAAUUAAAGAGCCAUGUUAUUAACUAAUGCUAACUAGUGUAUGUAUACUCCCCUCUUCUGUUCUAUAUAAAAUGUAAGUUUAUUCAUAAUGUACUGUCACUUGACCUAAUAUACAAGAUUUAUAAUAGCUAUAAUGGCUCCUUUCCACUGUUUGUGAUCAGUUAUGUAAACUCUGUAUUUACUCUUAGAUCAAAGCCUUUGAAACUUCCUAAAUAUGGCUACCAAAGAGGUAGUUCUGUUCCCUCUUUUUUUUUUUUCCCUCUCCCCUGCCUCCCCAUUGUUUAUACAAGAAAAGCUGAAUAGUGGUGGCCCUUUUGUUCUUCAUUGAAGUAAAGGGGUAUUAAACAGAUGUUUGAGAAUCUUUCAUAGAUUUCUUAAAUACGUCCAAUGUUUAUAUUAAGAUUUUAAGGGGAAAGGAUUGGCAAGCCAACGAUAUUAACUCAUUUUUGAAUGGAACAUGUAAUUGUCCUUUGUUCAAUUCCUGCUGGUAAUUGCCUGUUAUACUCUUUCUUCUCUCAUGUCACAAAACAAGAUUCCAUAAAACAAACAUGGUGAACAAUGUGACAAUAAGUUGCUUUCUUUAAGAGGCAGGCUGGAGAUUUUUACUACCAAAAUAAUUCUUAGAAGAGGAUGAUAAAUCUAACUUCACCAGUAAGAUGCAGUAGCUAUUGUAUUCUUGUCAUUAUUUUGUGCUUUGGGUGUUGAUAUGAGACAUUAAGCUGAAGCUAAAAUGGCUUUGAGCACCCAGGAAAUGCAGUAGUGUUCGAGAAUGCACUACGCAGAAUGUUCUUGCUGUUAAGAAAAUUAACCUAUAAAUAAAAGGAGGGGAGGGGAGGGGAAGCUAGUGCAAUUUACUUGAUAGUGAGAUCGGUAUGAUAAUAGACAAAUGGAAACAUACAACACUUACUCCCUGAGUUCUAAAUAAAUUUCAUAAUGGAAAAUUUUUAAAACUUAGUUUUUGUUGGUUUGUGACUGCUUAUCUUUAAGCAGAUUUUUAUAUGAGGAAUCACAUGUUCACAUUUAUGCUGUGAAUAAAUUGUAAAAUUUAUAAAAUUGAUAUUUGGGUUACAGAUGGGCAAACCAGUGUGGAUAAAAUAACCCACCCAAAACCUUUCAACAAAAUCAUUUAUAGACUUUAGGAUGUUCAGUACUUUCCUCUCCCAUGUUAUAACAGAAGCAGCCAACUACUGCUAAACCUUGUAACAUUUCUAAUUUAUCUGGAAGUGGAAAGUAUUGAGAAAAUUUAAGAGCCUAUUCUUAUUUCAGCUCACUUUUUCCCCCCCGUAUACUAACAAGAAUUUAGACUGCUAGGUGCCAAAAUGAACUUUUUAAGGUAUGCUCAUCUCUAACUUUGCCAUAAUUGAAAGCGUAUUUACCCAAGUCUAGUCAUCAGCUAGAUACAGAUGGGGACUAGAUCUUCUUUGGUUGUGUAUAUUUCCAAUUUGAUUGUAGGAUACAAUAGAAUUCUAUGUAAGUUAUGAUGGAAUAAUUUGUCUGUUCACAGUUGAUCAUCUUCCACAUACAAUGGCCUGCCACAAAAGGAGCUUUGCACUUGAACCAUCAGAAUUCCAUUCAACCAGCUGAAAUAUAUAUAUUUAAAAAAAAAAAAAAUUAAAUCUCCAGGUUCAAGGGACACAUGCCACAAGGUUUAGCUAGGCCACCAUUUUGAGCUGCAUGAAUGUUUAUGCAAAUAUAGCAUAUUUCAAAGUUCAAAGUGUUUUUUAUUGCCAGAUGGUCUCGGAAUAUGUGAAAUAUGAGCACUUCAGUUUUUCAGCUGGUGUUUGUAUAGUACACCUCUUCCUACCUGGUCAAUGGGUACUGUCUGCUCUUUUUCUUCAUUGUUUGUAAUAUCCAUUAAGCUUGGAAAAAAUGGUUUCCUUCCCAGCACCUGAAUAGAUCUUCUGCUUACAUGGUAAAUGUUCUCCACACCUUUCAUCUAAUGAAACAGAGGCAAACUUGCUUCUCAUUUUCACUUUUAUGUCCCAAUUUAUGGAUUUUGUGUAUCUGGUGUCAACAGCUCUUAGAACAGUUCAACUGCUACUGCAGAGUCAGCAAAAGCACAAUGUCCUUGUAUGGGUUCUACAAAAAUAGUGGUGGUUUCUUGUCGGAGGGUAGUGGGAGGGUGUAAUUUAAUCUUGACAAUUGAAUGGGAGAAAUAUGCUAAUAACUUUUUAUCUUAAGGUGAAUCAGGUUUGGGUUUAAAUUACUUGACUAUGUUCUUUUAAGACAGAAGGACCAAAGCUUUGCAGUUAGCAAACAGUAAAAUGUCAUUUAGUUGUGUCCCCCCCGUCCCCCCCCCCCAGGGAAAAAGUAGUUCAGCUUUGAAGAAUGUUUUUGUGACAAACAACAUAUCAACUCUGUUAGAAUUAGAUUUAUUUUUAAAAGCAGCUUACAUGGUGGCAAUGUUAUAAGAAAAUAGUAAUGCUGUGAACUCGAUAUGUUGCACAUGGUUUAAAGGUAUACAUCCAAGAAGAUUAAAAAGUAGUAGCUUUUCUGACAACUCACUUUUGAAAGAAGCUUGUGUGAGUAACCUAACUAGAGCAGCCACAAGGAAAAUACAAUACAAAAGUUACUUUUUAUCUAAUCAAUAAACGCCUUUUAAACCAUACAAAUUUAACCAGUCUAAUUGUGUGCCAUGAACCUAAAGUUUUUGAGACCUUCGUAUCCAGAAAUGUAAAUUGGGAAGUUUGACACAGUUGCAUUAGUUCAACAUCAUAUUAUGUUUUUGGUAAUUACACUAAAUGAUAGUGUUUACCAAGUUGAAAUGAAUGAUUUGGAUAUCCUGUUAAGUAACUAAUAAAAACCUGAAUUAAGCAUCUACAGUUCUAACAUGGCUGCUACCCUGAUACCUCUGUAGUGAGAUUUUGAUUUAUUUAUUGCCAGUUAAGCAUUAAUUUACCAGUUGGGCCUUUUCCUUCUCCACUAGAAAUAUCACCAACUUCUCAUAUUCAUUUAACAGUUGAACACUGUAACUAUCUUCUCUUGAAAAUCACCAUGAUGUGUAACCAUAGGUAAUAUGUAACUCUAAUCUUAGUUUGCCAUAAAUUCUUCUGUCACUCUAACCAAAUGUUAAAACAUGAGUGAAUUCUUUAGCUUAAAAACUCAUUAAGUUCACUAUCUCUUGUCUGAGCUCUGAAAAGCUCUGUUUGGUGUGAUAUCACAAAACAUGUUUUAUCUGAAAAAUGCCUAAGAUCUAUCUGCUUUUAGCAUGCAUUCUUUCUUUCAGCUAUCUUCUCAAUGCAUGUAAACACUAUUUCCGUAGAAGCAGUGUUUUGCUGAACUAACAGAUUUUCCAGUCCAUUGCACUCCAUUAUUUGCGUCAGAAUUAUUUCUGGAGAGCUAUGUGAAACUUGUAGAUUACAGGUGAAUAUCUCACUAACAUCUAAGUCACUUUCAAGUUUUUCAUAAUUAAGUAUGUACCCUCUGAGAAGUAUUUAAUUUAGAAUAAAAUUAUGAUUUAGGUAAAAGAAUGUAUGUGUCUAAAAGUUACUUAUCAAGUGAAGCUGGUGUGUAGAUAAGAUGCACUGUAGAUCUAUUGAGAAUCACCAGAUGUAAAAACCUCAGUUCACAGCAGUAUUAUUACUGUAGUCGUGUUCUAGUAUUUCUGUAGUCCUUCCUAAAGAAAUCAACAGAAAGUUAGCAAGAUGUUUAUCUGUGAUCAAUCUUAGCUCUUACUAGUAAUUCAGCAGCAGACUAUGUGGCCUAGUCUGCAGUAGAAAAAUUGCAUCAGUUUAACUAGAGCUAUUUUAAAUAGAUGAAGCUAAACUGGUUCUGGCCCCUAAUGUACAUGCACUUACACCAGUUUAACCUUUGCUUAAAUCCGUUUAGAUUAAUUAACCUAAACUGAUUUAAGCAAAGGUUAAAUUGGUGUAAGAACAUGUACAUUAAGUUUUUGCACCAGUUGAAUUAAAAAAUAGAAAUUUCAAACGUGCAACUCUUCUACUAUUUAAAAAAAAAAAGUUUUGUCUUGUUUCUUGUCCAGAUGAUGGUUUGGCUUGUGAGAAGCUAUUUGUUGAAAGCAUCAGGAUUGAUUUAUUCAUGUGGGCUAUCUGACUGCUUCACUUUUUGAAAAGCUGAUGUGUUUUAAUCCAGAACCCAAAUCUUACUUCAUAUAAAUUGGAGUCCAUUUAAAAUACUAGUUUGCUAUAUGCAUUUCCUUUUAUAGUCAAUGAGAGAAGAAGGCAUCUGUUUUCUAGUUUCAUGUUUGUAACUGCACAUUUAUUGUGAGAUUGCUCUCAAAACCUAAACUCCAUUUAUCUCUACAUGCAAAUGUCAUGGGGCAUCCUGCUUCUGCUUUUGGAAUUUCAGCAUUUUAUGCUGCCAAUAAACACUUGCUCAGAACA